GCCGCUGAGCCUGCGCGUCCGGAGCCUGUGCUCCGCAACGGGAGAGGCCACAACAGUGAGAGGCUCGCGUACCGGAAAAAAAAAAAAAAAAAAGAUGCCUUUGAGCCCUGAGCGACUUCAUCACACCUGUGUGAGGUCACAAGCAGUCACUAGUGCCGAGGGACAGGUCGAAGGUGAGGCGAGUUGUGAGUGAAGGAAGCAGGGCCGGGCUGAGGCCAAGAAGAGGUUAGGCUGUGUCCUGCAUCCUGACACAGAGGAUUUUCUAACAGCCUUCAUCUCAUCCGAAAUGACUGCAACCCAUUGUUACUGCUGUUCGGAAUUCCUCCAGAGAGAUUUCCUCAUCUCAUUCCUUACAAACCCACACUGUGGCAGCCUCGUUAAUGCAGAUGGCCAUGCUGAAGUGUGGACAGAUUGGAAUGAUAUGUCCAAGUUUUUCCAGUAUGGAUGGAGAUGUACCACUAAUGAAGAUGCCUAUUCAAACCGUACCCUCAUGGGCAACUGGAACCAGGAGAGAUAUGACCUAAAGCAUAUCGUGCAGCCCAAACCCUUGCCUUCCCAGUUUGGACACUAUUUUGAAACGACAUAUGAUACAAGCUACAACAAAAAAAUACCACUUUCAACCCAUAGGUUUAAGCGAGAGCCUCACUGGUUCCCAGGACAUCAACCUGAGCUGGUUCCUCCUCCAUACAAAUGCACAGAAAAGUCAACUUACAUGAGUAGCUAUUCAGAGCCUCACAUUGAGCAUCACUCUGUGUGUGUGUGGAAUCCUAAUAACUGCCAAUUUCAGAGUCCAUGAUGCUAAGAAAGAAUAAGAUUCAUUUUUCCAGUGUAGAGUGUAGGAAGGAGCACAUUCUAAGAACAACUAAGAAUUUAGCUGACUGUAGCACAAUCUUACUCUCUGAAUAAAUAAAGCACAAAA